UUUUGCAGAAGCGUCCACCGCCGAUUGAAGGCCGUCCGCACCCCGCCGGCCGUAUCGCCCCCAAAUCCUGCCGAUUUAAGGCCAAAACCAUCUUCUUCGUUUAUAAUCUUCGUGGACGCUAUCAAAAUCGGACAGAAAAGAAAGAAGAAGAAGACAUCGGAAACCAGUGCGCUGUGGUGCAGCGUGGCGGCGGCGGCGACUGGCGCGAUUCAGCGGCGACUGGCGCGGUUCGGCAGCGGCAAGUGGAGUGGCCUGAGGCGGCUGUCAUGGCGGAAAUCUGGAGCAAUCUCGCCAGAGGUGGUGCCAGGGGAAGAUUCAGGCUGAUGUCAGGCCUGAGAAGAUAGGCGGCGGAGGCAGCCGCACUAGAGGGCGCGGUGUUACUGGCUGCGGCGGUGGCUGGUGUGUCGCCGGUGGCCAUGGCAGCGACUGUGUAGUGCAGUGUCCUUCGAUACUGUGAUGUCGAUUAGGAGUAUUCUAUUUUUAAUUUUUAUAGGGAGGGCAAUUUGGUCAAAGCUCCUGUACUUAAGUCUUACCCUUAUCUAUAGUCUUAAUUUUGGAAAAUUAGUAUGAUUAAGUCCUAUUUGUUGAAAUCUCCCUUUAGUUGGACUGAAUUUGUUUAUUUAGUUUCAUUUGUUCUGAUUUUAGGAUCUGAUAGAGUAUAUAGACUCGGACCCCCGGGUCUCACGACUAUUGGGCCCGGACAGCGGCCCACACACAUCUUACGGAUAUCAUUUGUAUUAUUGUACUGCUUAUAUGUCAUUUGUAUGUAACUAUGUACUAGAUUAGUCUUUUAUGUAGUUGGGCUACCGGGCCCAUAUUAGCGGCCCGGCCCAUUAUUUCCCUAUUUAUACUCCUCUUGGAGCCAUUUGUAAACCUAACUUUUC